AUCAAUUAUGGAUAGAAAACAGAACAAUCAACAACUUAAAAUUGAAGGUUCAGGUGUUAUUAAUGCUAUUCGUGAUCGGCGUACUUCUGUGAAAUUCCAUUUACGAUCUUCUACCGAAAUUGGCAUUCGUACUGGUGAUAAUGGUUAUUCACUUUUAUCAUGCCUUCGACAAUUACCAAAUAUUCGUUUUGAUUCAACCACCCAAGAAUGGAUUUUACCAGCAACCUAUCAUCAUUAUGUCCAAGCCUAUGAAAACUUACUGACAUCACCAUAUUACCGAUAUGUUCAAUGUACUCCUUUAUCUGAUAUUGUUAUUAAUGUACUCAGACAAGAUCAAUCCGCCUAUAUUAAAUCAAGUUCUAUUGUCUCUGCUUCCAAUACGAUGGAUGAUGACUUUGGUGACGAUGUUACUGAUUGGGAAUUACAAAAAGCUGACAGGGAAGCUCAAGUGGAAGAACGAAUCUACAAUAACUUGAAGCCUUGCUCGAUUUGGAACAACCUGAUGGAAUACCAACAACAUGGUGUUCGAAAGUGUUUAUUUUUGAAUGGACGUGUGUUAUUAGCCGAUGACAUGGGACUAGGGAAAACAAUUCAAGCACUUGCUGUGGCCAUGGCUUACCCCGAUACUUGGCCUGUAUUGGUGAUAUGUCCAACAUCUCUUUUAUUACCUUGGGCUGAUCAUAUUCAACAAUGGUUAUCAAAUGUGAAAAAUAAUCAUAUACGUAUAACACUCAAGGGAUCUGAUCUUUUUGGUUAUACACCAGCUACCGUGAAACCUAUUUUGACAUCUUCAGAGGAUGAUAUUGAUGAAUACACUACUACCAAUGUUGAUAUCCAAUAUGAUACGAAAAAUGAAAAGUUUGAUCAACCGUUAUUCUACAUUAUCAGUUAUGAUUUAGCAGCAAAUCAUUGUGAUCAACUUUUAAAUAUGGACUUUAAAUUUAUUAUUUGUGAUGAAAGUCAUAAUAUGAAGAAUCCACAGACAAAACGUACAAAAGCAUUGACACCUUUAUUACAAAAGUCACAACAUGUCAUCCUACUUACUGGCACACCAAUUUUGUCACGACCAAUUGAAUUGUAUCCUCAGCUCUACAUAUUGCGAAAAGAUCUAUUCCCUGAUAUGCAUCAAUAUGGUUUACUUUAUUGCAAUGGACAACUUACGAAGUUUGGAUGGAACUAUAAUGGUUCAUCCAAUCUAUCUGAAUUACAUUUCUUACUGGAAAGAUCGGUAAUGAUACGAAGACUAAAGGAAAAUAUUGAAAUGGAUACAUUGUCUCUUCCUUCUCUAGUACGGCAAAAGGUGUUGAUGCCUAUUGAUCCAAGUAAGAAAAGAUUUCUUUCAAAAUUACAAUCCGAUUUGGCCAGAUUGAGAUCGUGUCCAGGAACUGAAUUUAUCUGUCAACAAAAAUCUAUUGAACUGUAUAUGGAAACCGGUGUAGCCAAAAUACCUGCAGUGACACACUAUCUUCACAAUUUAUUAAUGACGACAAAGGAUCAAAUGGUUGUAUUUGCAUAUCAUAAAGCUGUUUUGGAUGCCAUUGAAGAAAUGAUGAAAAAUAACAAGUUUACAUAUAUACGGAUCGAUGGAAAUACAAAGCAAUCUCUUCGUCAUGAACUUUGUCAGAAAUUCCAAGGAAUAAAAAACGAACGUAACGAAACAAUACGAGUAGCACUUCUUAGCAUCACAACGAGCAAUACAGGACUGAAUUUACAGAUGGCAAAUACAGUUGUUUUUGCUGAAUUAUAUUUCAAUCCAUCGCAAAUUCUUCAAGCCGAAGCUCGAGCUCACAGAAUUGGUCAACUAAACACUGUUUAUAUCAAAUAUCUACUUUCCCAAGAUACUGGUGAUGUAUGGCUUUGGUCUUUACUUUGCAAGAAACUUCAAGUGACCGGUAAAGUUUUAGAUGAAAAAUCUAAACAAUUCUAUUUGGAAAGUACUUAA